ACAUGCAAUUGUGUUAAAAGGAAUAUGGUGCGUGUGCGUGCGUAAUGUUUAUAAUACAACACGUGUAACUUAAGAGGUUAUCUUAGAAUAUCUUACAGGAAUGAUUUUUUGGUUGUAAGGAAACAAUAAUUGUUUAAUUAGUUUGACAAAUACUUUCAUUUGAAGUAGCCUAAAGUAAUCAAAACUACAGCAAAAUGGUGGUAAAAAAAACUAAAGAUCAGUGCAGUUAAAAGAAGUAAUCAAAAAAGAACCAAACUUACACGGCAAGGAAAACUUAAAACAAAGAGGCAUAAACCAAGGAAUGCACAUAUUAAAAAAAAAGUAAUUCCACAUGCAGAAACUGUGGAAGAAGAAGAAAGUGAUCAGGGUGAAGACCUCAUGGACAUGGUCGAAGAAGAUGAUUUAAACUUUUUAGGAGAAGCCAUUUCUAACAAAUCAUAUAAUUUGCUGAAACAAAUACAUCUAAAUGAAACAGGUGAUGAUAAAAUAAAAAAUAAUAAGAAGGAAAAGAAAAGAACAUUAGAGGAUAGAUAUGAAAAUAGUAUGUCAAAAAUAGUUGGGAUAGAGGGUACGAAAAAGGUUCGUAUGUUACUUCCUAUAAAAACUCAAAAUGGAAUUAUAGAGAAAAGGAUAAUUCAAGAAACUCAUGCAGAAGAUAAUGAAAACAUGUCUCAUGAAGAACAUAAUAUAGAGAAAAGUAACAUGGAAAUAAAAUUCAAUUUUCAUAAUGAAGAUAAAGAUAAGAAACCUGUGUCUAUGAUAGAACUUUUAGCAUUUCGUGAAGAAGUAUUAAGAUCUAAACGUUUAAAAAUUGGAUUAUUAUCUAGCAGUCUUCUGGAAACACCAGAAGCUAAAUGUGAUAAUUUUAAAAUACUAUUAGAAUUAAUGGAAGAAACCAAUCCAGAAGUAUAUAUUACCGUGAGAAAAUUGGCAACUAUUUCUUUGUUAGAAAUUUUCAAAGAUUUGUUGCCAUCUUAUCAAAUUCUUCAAAUUCAACAAGAAGGUGUAAGAUUAAAGAAAGAAACACUUGCAUUACAAAAUUAUGAAGCUACAUUAUUAAGGUAUUAUAAGCAUUAUCUACAAAAGUUAGAAAAAAUGACUAAUAUAUUAAGAAGAAAAAAGGGAGAUACACGACAAAUAAAAGAACAAGAAAUUGAACUAGGAAAAGUUGCAUUAACAUGCAUGUGUGAUCUUCUAACAACUCAUCCCUACUUUAACUAUUCUAUUAAUAUAGCAAAUUUUCUUAUACCAUUGUUAGAUAAUAAAUAUGAACUUAUAAGGCAGGAAGUCUUAAAAUGCAUUUCCCAAGUAUUCAAGGAAGACAAACGUGCUGAAUUAUCUUUAAAAAUAGUACGCAAAUUAAACCAAUACAUAAAAUUAAAAGCUCAUUCCGUUCAUUCUGAGGUUCUAUCAGUACUUUUAUCACUUCGUAUAAAAGAUAUAAAUUUAGAUAAAGAAAAAGAAGAAGAGACUAAACAAAGAAAGCUUAUGUCUCAUAAACAAAGAAUUCUUGCCUUAAGUAAGCGUGAAAGGAAGAAAAAUAAGAAGCUUGAAGAAGUAGAGAAAGAAUUACUUGAAACUAAAGCAGAAGAAAAUAAGCAAACUAAACAAAAAUUGCUCACUGAAAUAACAAGUGUAGUAUUUACAAUUUAUUUUAGAAUUUUAAAACAAGCUCCAAAUAGUAACAUUUUAUCUAUUUGCUUGGAAGGAUUAGCAAAAUUUGCACAAUGCAUAAACUUAGAUUUUUAUCAAGAUUUAGUAACUGCCAUAGAUAAACUAAUGGAAGAGGGUAAUUUAAAUUUGAAAGAUCAAUUACAUUGUAUUCAGUGUGUAUUUACAAUAUUAUCAGGACAAGGUUCAGCAUUGAAUCUUGAUCCUUACAGGUUUUAUGCACAUUUAUACAAAAAUUUACUAAAUAUUCAUUGCGGCAAAACUCAUAUAGAAAUGGAAGUUCUUAUAAAGAUUUUAGUUCAAGCUCUAAUUCAUCGAAGAAAGAGAAUUACACAAAGGCGUUUUGUAGCAUUUAUCAAAAGAAUAGCUAUUCUAGCCUUGCAAUUGCAACAUAAUUCAGUACUUGGCAUUCUCGGUAUUAUAAAGCAAAGUAUGCAACUUGGAAAAAUGCUAGAUAUUUUGUUGGAUACUGAUAGUACGACUGGAGAUGGUUUCUAUCAAGCAGAGCUAGAGGAACCUGAGUAUUGCAAUGCACACUGUUCAGCAUUAUGGGAACUUACAGCUUUACAGCGACAUUAUCACAGUACUGUACAAAAGAUGGCAAAAAACGUAGCUUGGAAUGUACCACCAAUAGGUGAAGGCAGUUUAUCUCCAGAAAUUGCUAAGCUUUCUCCAGAAGAACUUUAUACUGAAUUUGAUCCUACUGGUGUCGUAUUUAAACCAGCAGUACCAGUUCCAAAAUAUACAAAUGCUAAGAGAAUAAUAAAAACUCAUCAUCUUAUAAAUAGUGAAUUCAAAGAAUAUAUUAAUACUAUAUAUAAUACUGAAUUAUUUGCAGAUGGAUACAUAGAUUUUUAUAAAGCUUGUAAUAAUUAAUACUGUAUGUAGCACGAACUAUAGAAUGGAUUGUAAGAAUAAAACGAAAUUUAAUAUAAAACAUUAAACACU